GAAAAGUGGGGCCGAAUCUGUCGAACGAGGCUGUGAAUAUUUCCGUCAUGAUUUUGAGGGUCGACUUUGUCAAGAGUGGCUAGUUGGGUUAUCGUUCGUGUAUAUCGACAAGACUUAUAUAAAGGCGAACAGGUCCUGGUUUUAUUUCCCUUGGGCUUUUAAGAAUAGAUUUGAAUUUCCGCGUCUGGUUUUCUUUUUUUAUUUUUUCUUGUGUCUGUCGCCUUGUUUAUUGUUGCGCGCUUGGGAAUAGCAGUCAUGCCACCAACCACAAUGACGGCAGCAUCGGCCUUUCUGAACCGUACGACAUCCCGUCCGGGUUUUCAGCCCAUUACUCGUGCCUGGAAGCGUUACCUGCAGCUACUCGAGGAGAAACCCCUCAUCACAAAAUCCCUCUCGGCAGGUGCCAUCGGCGUUGCAGGAGACAUUAUUGCACAACGCAUCGAUUCACCGUCCGAACACAAAAAAUGGGAUCCUAAAAGAACACUCCGGUUAGGUGUUUAUGGAAUGCUUAUCGGUGCGCCAUUGACGCAUGGAUGGUACAAAAUUUUGGAUCGGAGGAUCGGAGGGGGCAUGGAUAUGGCCACAAGUUUGAAAAAGGUGGCCAUGGAUCAGCUGUUGGCCGCGGCACCGUUCACCGCCUUGUUUUUUGUGUGCAACUCGUACAUGGAGGGAUGCACCAGACCACAGAUACAGGAGAGACUGCAAUCCAACUUGUGGCCAACACUCAAAGCCAACUGGGCAGUGUGGCCUGCUGCUCUUGCGAUUAACUUUAGAUUUGUGCCAUUAAAAUGUAGAGUUUUGGUCGUCAACAUUUUGGGAUUGGGUUGGGGAACGUAUCUUUCAAUGGUGCAACACCGUGAACACGCUCAUAAGAAAACUCACCUACCCGACCCAUAUCCACCAGACUCCUUACCUGUUCCGUUUUACCCUCCUGGAAAUGUGAAGGAGCAAUAGACGACAAGGGAAUCAUCUGUACAUAGAUUGUUUUUACUGAACAUUUCGGGACAUUUCUCCCUUACAUGAAACUUCAAUAUACCAAUAUAUCGUAUUGGAGUUUUUCAUUUCU